ACUACCACAGCUGAGGGAACAACUAGUCCUGUGGUGGAUACAACUGUUGUGGAUGCGGUAACAACAGAGGCACAGACAUCUUCUGUUGUAGACACAACAAUCUCGGCAGAUACCACAACAGUUGAGCGAACAACUUCUCCUUCAUUGGAUACUACUGUUGCAGAUGUGACAACCGCAGCAGAACAGACAUCCAUUGCAGAGGCCACUUCUUCAGCUGCAGUCACAACAGCAGGUGCAGGUACUACCACAGCUGAGGGAACAUCUAGACCUGUGGUGGAUACAACAGUAGUUGAUAUGAUAACAACAGCAGCACAGACAUCUUAUGUUGCAGCCAGUACUAUGUCAGCAGAUACCACUACUGCUGCGGCGAUAACCUCUUCUUCAGUGGACACAACUGCUGCAGAUGCGACAACUGUAGCAAAACAGACAUCCAUUGCUGAGGCCACUUCUACAGUUGCAGCCACAACAGCACGUACACAUACUACAACAGCUGCACGUGUAACAACCCCAGCAGAACAGACAACAACUUUUGGAGCCACUACUUCUUUUGGAAUUACAACUACAAUUGACCCGGCAACCACUGUCUCGGGUGUUUCCAGCACCUCAGGUACAAAUACCACCACGGCUGAUGUAAGAACUAGUCCUGUUGUGGAUACAGCCACUACAGAUGUGACGACCAGAGCAGCACAAACAACCACUGCUGAAGCUUCUUCUACGACAGGACCCCUUACCAGUACAGCAGGUGUAUAUACUACAGCUGAGGGAACAACCGCUUCAGUCGGUAUGACAACUGCUGAUAUCACAACAACAGCAGAACACACAACUACUGUUGAAGCAGCUUCUACAGUUGUAGCCACAACAAUGGCUGCAGAUACCACUGCAGCUGCGGCGACAACCUCUCCUUCAGUGGACACAACUGCUACAGAUGUGACAACCACAGCAGAACAGACAUCUAUUGCUGAUGCCACUACAAUGUGA